AUGUUUAACGCAAACUUUUAUAUAGCUGAAUAUGAAAAACCCAUACCCAUUGACCAAUUUAUACGUCAUGUAUCGAAUUUACAUGAGAAUACAGAUUUGGGUUUCUAUAACGAAUUUGAGGUUAGGCGUCAACUUGCGAUGUCAAAGAACAUUACUUGGACCCAUUCGCUAAAUCUCCUCAACAAGGCAAAAAAUCGCUAUGAUAAUGUAAUAGCCUAUGAUCAUACGAGGGUUAAAUUAAAUCCUAUCCCGGAUGAUUUGGGUUCUACAUACAUUAAUGCAAACUUUAUCAAAACGAAUGGCAAAGUAAAGACUAUCAUUGCAACACAAGGACCACUGUCAAAUACAGUGGGUGAUUUUUGGAGAAUGAUCUGGGAACAACGAGUUAAUGUUAUCGUAAUGAUUACUAACAUUGUAGAGAAGGGGAGGCGCAAAUGUGAGAGGUAUUGGCCCGAAAAUGGUAAAAAUCAGACGUUUGGUGCCAUUUCUGUAACCCUUACGAAAGAAACGACGUAUCCUGAGUAUACAAUUCGACAUAUGAAUGUCAAGAAAGUAGAAAGAACAGCAAAGAUGUUUAAUGCCGUAAAGCAAUUUCAUUAUACGUGCUGGCCUGACCACGGUGUUCCAAACAACACUAAUGGCAUUAUGAAAUUUAUUAAAAAGUCGGUAGCUGCUAACGUAUUAGCCUCCGCCCCAAUAGUUGUUCAUUGCAGUGCUGGUGUCGGUAGAACUGGGACUUACAUUGUGCUUGAAACUAUGAUGAAGCAUAUUGACGAUGGCUGUGAUAUAAAUAUAUACAAAUUCAUUUCUGAUAUUAGAAGCCAACGAAAUAUGAUGGUACAAACUGAGGUACUCUUACGUAUAUGA